UUUGUAGAAUUGCCAAGCUUAAAGACAAACACUUAAAUGGCUGGUCCUAGAAUUGCCCAUGCUACCUUGAAAGGUCCAAGUGUGGUAAAGGAGAUAUUAAUUGGAAUAACACUCGGCUUGGCUGCUGGUAGUGUGUGGAAGAUGCACCACUGGAAUGAGCAGAGGAAAAUCAGGACCUUCUACGAUUUACUUGAAAAAGGUGAGAUCGGUGUUGUUGUGGAGGAACAGUAGAACUGUUCUUGCUUUGUUGCCUAUGCUCUCCAUAUAUAGGCUUUUUCCCCCUGCUAUAUUCAAUUGGCUCUUUAAAUGUAAAUGAGCCAACUUACUGAUGAGAUUGAAAAGAAUAAGUUUUUUGCACUGAUUGAGUACUAUGUUGGCUUGUAAAAUUUCAUACAGUUAUGCUUUAAUUUUAUAAUUUUGCUAUUCUCUUCUUGUUG